AUGUCAGGAGAGAUAAGCGAAAGUUCUGCCAAAUCAACUUCAACAAAUGUAUUUCAUAGUUCACGAAUUAAGGAUCGUAGGAGCAUAUUUGUUGCUCAUGCAAAAAGAGUAGAAACUAAGCAAGAAGUUAAUAAUUUUCUAAGCAAAAUAAGGUUUGAGGAAAAAAACGCGACACAUAAUGUGUUGGCUUUUCGAUUAGAAUAUUCAGAUGGAACCAUUAUUGAAGAAAGUGAUGAUGAUGGGGAGAAAUAUGCAGGAGAACGUGUCUUAAAUCUUCUUAAAACGUUGAAUGCAAAGAACGUAGCUGUAAUUAUUACGAGAUGGUUUGGUGGAAUUUCGCUUGGCCCUGUUAGAUUUGAACAUAUUGUAAAAUGUGCGAGAGAAGUUUUGGAUAAGGGCCCUUUUUUAGCUAAUAGUGGAUCUACAUCUUCAUCAAAGCGAUCAGUUUCGUCGAAUGCAAUUAUUGUAAAUGGAUGUCAGCGUGGCAAUCCAAUCUUGCAAUUCAUCCGUAACGUACCAUGGGAAUAUAGCGAAAUUGCGCCAGAUUACUUGCUAGGUCAGACAACUUGUGCCUUAUUUCUUAGUCUUAAAUAUCAUCGCCUUCAUCCUGAAUAUAUUUUUAAUAGGAUGGAAAAACUCGCCCAUCAAUACAUAUUAAGAAUUUUGUUAAUUCUUGUCGAUAUUGAAUCUCAUCAAGAAUCAAUUCGUGAACUUACAAAACUUUGUAUUAUUAACAAUUUUACAAUAAUAUUGGCGUGGAGUCAAGAAGAAGCGGGAAGAUAUCUUGAAACAUAUAAAACGUUUGAAUAUAAAACUCCAGAAAUAAUAAUGGAAAAAGUCGAAAAUGAUUAUUUAGCAAAGUUGACGCAUUGCUUGACACAAAUAAGAUCUAUAAACAAAACUGAUGUUGUCACUCUCGCAUCGUCAUUUGGGUCUCUUAAACGAAUUAUGAAUGCCUCGUCAGAUGAACUUGCCAUAUGUCCUGGCCUGGGUGAACAGAAGAUCAAGAGAAUAAAAGAAGCGUUUGAACAACCUUUUUUAACGCAUAAAAGCUGA